UCCCCCUUUCCUCCACGCCAUUUCGCAGACGCAUCACUUUUUCCUGCUCGUGCUGUGGCCUCAGUCGGUGAAAGAAGAUGCUGCUGCCUUUAGCUUUUCUGCUGCAUGACUGACAAGCUGAAGGAGGUCUAGCCAAAAGCUACGGGGACGCGGGCUGUGUGUGCAGCAACGAGGGAGUCUUUUUCGCACCUCUGAGAAACGAGGAGAUCCCAGACGAGUGGGGGGGAGAAAGAGGAGAAGAGGAGGAAGAGAAAGAGGAGGAGGAGGAGGUGGAGGAGGUGUGCUCUGAUGCUAUUUAGAUCCCACAGACACAUGCUAACAGUGGCGGUAUGUGCAAACCCUGACAGAGCCCUGCGCUGGCAACCCCGGAUCACGCGCUCGUCAUAACACUUAUUUUAUAUUUAUAUAUCUUUUGCACGCUGCAUGAGGAAAAUGCACCAGGAUUGGGAGCCUUUUGGAGUUAUUUUGUGCUGAACGACGUUGGAAUGUAGCUCUGUGUUUAAUAUAUAUAUUUAUGUGUGGGCUCAGUGCACUGCUAUUGACACAAGCUCUCGUUGAAGCUGAUGCUCUGAGAAGAGAGGCAUAUUUUGAGAUUUUGAGGUUUUUUUUUUGGUUUCUGAAUCAUUCAGCCAUAUGACUGUGCCGUGUGGCUGUUUGGCGCAUUGCACAUGCCGAAUGCCAACAAAACAGGAGCAUAUGGCAUGAGGAAUAAGCACAUCCGGAGACUGCAGAGGUGGAAGGAGCCUGUAUAGACCCAUUGCAGGCACUGGAUGCUGAAUAUUGUUCGAUAUCGAGGUGCGUUCGAAGCACAACAGGCAGAUACCGGCCACAGUUCAGGUGUGAAAUGAUUGCCGCCCAUCGCAUACAUGCCAGGUCACUGCAUUGAGGACAUCUAAACAACGUAGGGUCUUUGAAAGCAUAUGUAGUUCACGUUGGCACGCUGUACAAGCGCCACAGCAAUAAGGUAGGGACGGAGGUGAGCAGUAAAGCAUCCGUUCACUCCGUGCGAAUGUAGGUGCCGAACCAAAGACGCACGAUCUUCAAUGAAACUCAUGCUUCCGUUCUCCAUUUUCUGAAAUCACUGUGCGACUUCACUGCAACGUCUCUUUCUCAGGACACUCAGUUUCCGUUCGGAUCGCUCGUCUUCCAUGAUAUGCACUGACUCAUUGUAAUUCUAGGUUUCUCUUCUCUCAGCAUCAUAAACCUCAGAACCUUCAAGUCUUCCACGAGGAUCAGGGAAAGUCGGCUGUGAUCUCCAUUCUUUCUUAUACAUCAAAGGAUAAUCUUGUAGCUAUAAGCGAGGUGUUCAGGACAGCUGUUCGGCAAAUGCUGGGUUGCGUCGGCACAGAUGCGCGUGUGUGAGGCCGGAUUACAGCGCUGAGCAAAAGGCUCCGCAGACAUUUGCUGGCCGAAACCUGAUUCAGCCGGAGCUGGAUAACCUAAUACUCUGAGGACACGUGGCCUUGGAAAGGAAAGAGAAGGAGAGGAGCUUUCAGGCUGAGUGCGACCUCUCGCCCUGCCCUCGUCACUCUCUGUGUCCAUCAACACCAGCCCCACCCAACCUGCUCUCGCCUGUAGGAGGGAGGGAAGUCAACAGAGUCUUCAGACUGUCCAGAGAAGGAUUCUAGAGAGGUCUUCAGAGUGGCCUGAGAGACGCCUCUGGAGAAGUGUUCAUCUGAGUCCUGGGGAAGCUUAUAGAGCAGUCUUCAGGGUGCACAGUAGAAGAAUCUGAAGAAGUCUCCACCAAUGUCCUGGGAAAGCUUGUAGAGAAGUCUUCAGAGUGUCCUGAGAGACGUCUCUAGAAAAGUCUUCAUCAGUGUCCUGAAAACAACUCCAGAAAAGUCUUCAUCAGUACUCCCAGGACAAUCUACAAUCUUCACCAUCUUCAUCAGGACAGUGUCAUCAUUAUUUUGGGGAAACCUCUAGAAAAGUCAUCAUCAAUAUUCUUGAAAAGCCUCUAGAAAAGUUAUCAUCAGUAUCCUUGGAAAGGAAGAGAACAUGACCAGGGAAAACCUUUAGGAAAGCCUUCAACUGCGUCGUGGGAAAGCGUCUAGAGACAUCUUUAACACUGUCUUGGUACAGCCUCUAGAGUCUUUAUAAUCCUGGAGACGCCUUUUGAUACAUCUUCGUCAGUGGCCUGGUGAAACCUCUAGAGAAUUCCUGAAGAGUGUCCUGGGACCUAAAGUAGUUUUCAUCAGUUUCCUGGAAAAGCCUCUGGGAAAGUCUUCUGAGUGUCUUGAAAGCCUCUAGAGAAGCCACUGGAGUGUGUUGGAAAAGCUUCUGCAUAAGUUUUCAUCAGUGUCCUGGGAAGUCUCUAAAGAAGUCAUCAUCAGUGUCCUGGAAAACCCUCUGGAAACAUCUUCAGAGUGUCUUGCAGGCCUAUAGAAAAGCCUUGAUCAGUGUCUACUGUUGCUUCUGGCCUACUCUUUUGCCCUCAGCUUUUAGGCUCCUGCCUCUGCAUAGCCAGAGACACGAAGCCUUCAGAGAUAAACUGCUGCCCACAGAGACGUGCUGAUCUCCAGCAGUGGUGUGAGGGGGUGUGUGAGUGAGUGUGUGUGUGUUGGAGGGUGAGUGAGACAGAACGCAGCUCCGUCCUUGGUAAAGAUGUCUGCAGUACGGCUGCUGUGGGCCUCGCUGGUGCUGGCUGCGCUGAACGUCCUGCUCAGCGAUGGAGCGUGUGUGGAGGUGGAUUCGGACACCGAGGCGGUCGUCGGCAAGGGAUUUAAACUGGGCUGCAUCUCCUGUAAGAUGAGAGGAGAAGUGGAGGCUUCAGCUACAGUGGACUGGUGGUUCAUGGCUAAAGGAGAGAGCGAUUUCACCCACAUUUACAGUUAUGCGGACAUGGUGGGCACGGUGACGGAUGGCCGUUUUUCUGACCGGUUGGACUGGAACGGCAGUAAGAAGACGCUGGACCUGCAGGACGGAUCCAUUUACAUCCUCAAUGUCACCUUCAACGACACAGGCACCUACCGCUGCUACUUCGACCGCACGCUCACCUACGACUACUACGAGUUCCGCACCAACACCACCAAAUACAUUUCCAUGAACGUCGUGGCCAAGGCGACCCGUGGCAUGGCCUCGAUCCUGUCGGAGGUGAUGAUGUACGUAUCGAUCAUUGGGCUGCAGCUGUGGCUGCUGGUGGAGAUGGUUUACUGCUACAGGAAGAUCGCAGCAGCAGGAGAGGAGGCGCUGAGAGAGAGCGCGGCUGAGUAUUUAGCUAUAACCUCCGAGAGUAAAGAUAACUGUGCUGGUGUGGCAGUGGCAGAAUAACAGGGCCAAAAAACCUCUCAAGCUCCGUCCCUGAAACUCCACCAUCGCUACGAUCUUCAUGCCCACACAGUGACCUUCUCCUGCUCUGCACUGCUGUCAGUAAGAGACUCUGACUGUCCACAGAAGAGCUGAAGGCCACACGCUUUGUAGAAACAUCACAACAGCGUUUCAUUUCACCAAAGGCUCCGUGUCUGCGUCGAGGUUUGGACUCCUACACUCUUCAGAGUAUUGAAUGAAAGCUCCGCCACAGGGGUUUAAACACAGCAUGAGUAAGUGUAUAACUCUAAACAUUAGAAUUGUAUUGAACAUGACUUGUAUAUAUGUAUUCUUCUAACUCUGAUCCUUUCUUUUUUAUUUCACACAAGAGGAAAAAAAAUCUGCUUUAUAUGCAAGUAUAUGAAAAUAUAUGAAAAUGUUUUAACUCUCCACAUAGUGAGCCAGUCAACAUCAGAAAUACGAACAAUGUUUAUAUGGGCCUCAUAAAUGGUAAAUAGAUACAUUCCUUUAUAUUCUGAUACACCUAAAAACAGUCUAUUGUAUAAUUAGUCAGGCACUUGAUGAAAUGUCAGCCUGGAUGUUUACGUCUGUCUGAUGCUGAAGGCAGAAGAGUGAAAGUGGUGAUUUGGGUCAUUUUAUCUCUCUGCCUCAUCCGUAGCAGCUGGAGACUGAGGCAAGCUGUCCAAACACUGUUAUUAAAGGAACAGAAAUGCUAAUGGCUAACUGACUGACGGACCUAGCUUUUAUUAGCAUUGAGACUGCUUCCCCCUUCAGCUGCGUUUAGACUGAAAAGGCUAACUGGUCCCAAUAAUAUGGACCCUUUUCUAUAAAUCUAACAGCAGUCUGAAUGCUAAUGCUAAUGGCUAACUGACUGCAGCUGAACUGGACCUAGCUUUUAUUAGCAUUCUGACUGAAAAGGCUAACUGGUCCGGCUAACGCAUCUUUUUCUAUAAACAUAACAAUAGUCUGGAUGCUAAUGCUAACGGAUAGUCCACUGCAGCUGACCUCGGACCAGCUUCCCGUCCUUAAUCACAUCUUAAACAUUUUGAAACAUCCUAAUAUGGCAGAGAACGAAUGAAAGCUAGCUAACAUUGCUAAUCAGUGUUUAGCACUACCGUUUAGAAUUCAUGGUAAAUUCAGCUUUUAUUCAUUGCCAGCCACGUUCUAAGGUUAAACUAUCCCUUCAGCGGUAUUCAGACUCAAAAGGCUAACUGGGCCUGAUAAUACAUACCUUUUUCCACAAAUCUAAUAGCAGUCUGAAUGCUAGUUAACUUACUGCAGCUGAUGUAGAACCGGCUUCCUCUUUUUCCUCACAGGGAUUGUUCAUCACUUUGAAGAUAACAUGUCUGCAAGUAAAUGAAGUCGACAUUUUACAGUUCAGAAUUCUCUGUAAAUCACCUUUCUAGCCUUUAUUCGUUGUUAGGGCUGUUAGCACUGUUCGUUGAAACUGCUCUUUCAGCCAUAUCUAGAUCGAAUAGCCAAUGUCCCAAUAUUACAUGCAUUUUCCAAAUAUCUAAUCAGAGUCCGAGUGCUAAUGACUAACCAACCGCAAAAUGAUGUGGAACCAGCUCCCUCUCCUGAAUCACGUCUUUAAAGAGAUUGUUCAACACUUUGAAACAUGCUAAUGUGGCAGAGAGUGAAUGAAGGCUAACAUUGCUAAUCAGCAUCUAGCAUUACCAUUUAGACUUUAUGGUAAAUUGCAACUCUAGCUUUUAUUUACUGCUAGAUGUGUUCUAAGGUUAAACUAUGCCUUCAGCUGUAUUCAGAUUGAAAAGGCUAACUGGGCCCAAUAACACAUACCUCGUUCUCUAAAUGUCUAAUGUCUAAAUGCCAGUCUGAAUGCUAAUACUAAUGGCUGACAAACUAAGACGCUAACAUUGCUAACUGCAAAUUGAAUUGUUAGCCGUGUUAGCAUUCUACGGUUAAACUAUUCCUUCAGCUGUAUUUACACUGAAAAGGGGGUCCAAUAACAUAUACUUUUUUCUACAGAUGGAAGAGUAUUCCUAAUGCUAAUGCUAAGUAGCAUCCUCUCCUUGUCCCAUUAAUACGUAUCUUUUUCUGUAAAUCUGAGAACAGUCUGCACAAUCAAAAGCAAUGGUUUUGUAGGGUUAAUAUCGCAAAUCCUCAAAUAAUGUGACAGUUAAAUAAUAAUACAUGGUGUUCAGCUGCAUUACAAAACAGGAAUAUUUUAUAUAUUACAAAGCACAUGAGUUCAGUUUGGAUCAAUAUAUCUAUAUAAAGCUAUUAGCAGUUAGCAUAAAGCUACAGCCUGCCACCAGUUCCAAGGAGUGACACACACACACACACACACACACACACACACACACAUACACACACACACAUAUAUUUAUAUAUA